GAUGACGGAGGCCCCGGCCUUCAAGACGGCCGUCAUGUACAAAAACAUGACAGUUGUAGUUCCUCCCCAGGGUGUGCGGCUGUCCCCCCGGCUCCCCGCCCUCGCCCGCUACGCCCCUGGGGAGACGGUGGAGCGUAACUGCUCGGCGGGGGGCUCCGUCCCCCGUACUGUGCUCAAGUGGAUCAUCAACGGCAAACCUGCUACAGUAUCAGAGCUCGUCGAAUACCCAGACGUGGUGGACAAGGAUGGCCGCGUGACCAGCACGAGCGGCGUGAGACUUGUAACAAACCAGCAUUUCCUUAGAGGCAUCGCCAGGGUCAGCUGCUUAGCCUCCAUAAACGGACAGAAACUCACCACUCUGUCCGAGGUUCUGCACGCCGAUAAAACUGCCACAGUCGCCUAUAACACGCACCUUUCCAAUGCAGUUCCGGAAAUCCAGUCGCUUCAAAAUCACUUGCUGCUAAUCACAUCUCUGAUGCUCGAGUGGAGACGUCCAAGAAACUAAAGUUUUAUCUGCAGAUUGAAAUUAAAUAAACUGUAAAUUCAUCUAAACCCGACUAUGAAACACGAGACUCGAAAAUAUUUAUGGAGUGUAGUAUUCUAAUGUUUAUCCUCAGUUUUUGAAUUUCAACCUCAAUUUUUUCUAUUUUAAAUCUAUGCCAAUUAUUCGUUAAAUAACCUCCAUGUAGGUUUAUAAUGGUGCUUAUAUUGAUAUAAUUGUGGUCCUGGAGCUAAAGUUUUCUGACGUCAUCGCUUCGCAGUUUGGAAAAUAUUUCUCCACGUCUAUUGUAUGGCUAAUUAAGCAGCCCUCGUCUUUCUCUAGGCUAGACGAAUAGAAAAAGGGUGGAAAUGGCGAGUGAUUAAUCGGUUAAACGCGUGCCAUUCCAGAUUAAAAUAGAGCCACAUUUACUGAGUUACAAAGCAUUUCUAGUCCAACUUAAAAUGGUCGGAAAUCUUCAGUUUGUUAGCUGUCGGACAACAACUAUAAGGCCAGACUGGCGAGGAACCAUUAUUAUCUCACUACGUCCCGAUAAUAACUCUUCUCUUGCCAUUACUCAAGAGCUAAAACUUUGGUGUAAAUAAAGCUCAAAAUGUUUGAAAAGUAACUUACGUCAUUUCUUUAUGAAACACCGUUAGCUGCAACUUAGAAUGGUCAGGAAUUUUGAGUUCUUUUAGCAUCGGACAAUUUUAAUCCUGAAGGUCGAGGCACAUUCACGGGAACGCGUAAGAUUUAAAUCUUUAAGCAUCCCUAUUUCCUUGCCUUGACUUUAAUUUCUGACUUUAAUUUGCCCUGACAUCAUUAUAACUCCAAUAUAUUCAUGCAAUUUGAUAAGAUAUUGAUGGGACAUUCCGUUGAAUACCAGGGAGUAUUACCAUAGGAUCUUUUUUGAUACAUGAAUGUAUAUGUAUUUCUUAUUAAUUUUAUUAUUUUUCUUCCUGAUAAGUGAAAAAAUUGUUACUACGCCUAUUUAGCGAAUGUUGAAUAAUGUAAUUAAAGUAGCUAACAGUUUCUGACUGACUAAAUUAUCCCAUAUAGUAAAUGGAUUUAUUUGUGCAUUUCAAAAAUGCGUUUUGCCUACAUUUUCGAUGAAUAGAAAAUGAAAAAACUAAUCGCUGGCCAAUUCCACCCUUGAAUUCCUAUUUUAAUCUUGAGUGGAUUGUCUCUGUCGUGGUCUGCGUCCUUUAACCUCACUCGAUUGCCUGUUCGAAACGCUUCUCCUCAGCUACAAGUCAUUUGUUUUAUGAAGAUUUUAUGAAUGUGCUAAACCCUGAACUUCUAAAUAUAUUAACCGCUUUAAAAACUAUUCACUAAUUUAAAUAACUAAUAUGCUUGUCAAGUAGGUAGUAAAAAAUUUCCUUCCAGCUGAAAUAUUUGACUGAGGGUUUCAGCAACUCGAAUUUCGCGAAAGUAUGUUUCUCUAAUUUUAAAAUCUGUUUCGAACGCAUAACUGUGAACAGUUAUUCUGGAAGAUUAAAGUCUGGGAUAUUUUUUUCACGGUAAAAAAUUAAAAUUAGAACAAACAGCAUAAUUUAUGCUAUUUUCUGUGGAAAUAUUAGUAUAUAAGACAAGUAAGCCACCUCGUUCUAUAAAGGAAAUAAAUUUAAAUGUUAAUCGACAAUCUAGAU